AUGAACGGCACGGAGGGCCCUGAUUUCUAUGUGCCCUUCUCCAACAUCACAGGCGUGGUGCGCAGCCCCUUUGAACAGCCACAGUACUACCUGGCGGAACCCUGGCAGUUCUCCAUGCUGGCUGCUUACAUGUUCCUGCUCAUCGUGCUGGGCUUCCCCAUCAACUUCCUCACGCUCUACGUCACCGUACAGCACAAGAAGCUACGCACACCGCUCAACUACAUCCUGCUCAACUUGGCCGUGGCUGAUCUUUUCAUGGUCUUCGGAGGAUUCACCACCACGCUCUACACCUCACUGCACGGCUACUUCGUCUUUGGGCCCACAGGAUGUAACAUCGAGGGCUUCUUCGCCACACUGGGUGGUGAAAUCGCCCUGUGGUCCCUGGUGGUCCUGGCUAUUGAGCGGUAUGUAGUGGUCUGCAAGCCCAUGAGCAACUUCCGCUUCGGGGAGAACCAUGCCAUUAUGGGUGUGGCCUUCACCUGGGUCAUGGCGUUGGCCUGUGCUGCUCCCCCACUCGUCGGCUGGUCCAGGUACAUCCCCGAGGGCAUGCAGUGCUCGUGCGGGAUUGACUACUAUACGCUCAAGCCUGAGGUCAACAAUGAGUCCUUCGUCAUCUACAUGUUCGUGGUCCACUUCACCAUCCCUAUGAUCGUCAUCUUCUUCUGCUAUGGGCAGCUGGUUUUCACAGUCAAGGAGGCGGCUGCCCAGCAGCAGGAGUCAGCCACCACGCAGAAGGCAGAAAAAGAAGUCACCCGCAUGGUCAUCCUCAUGGUCAUCUUCUUCCUGAUCUGCUGGCUUCCUUACGCUAGUGUGGCCUUCUACAUCUUCACCCACCAAGGCUCCAACUUCGGCCCCAUCUUCAUGACCCUGCCGGCCUUCUUUGCCAAGAGCUCCUCCAUCUACAACCCGGUGAUUUACAUCAUGAUGAAUAAACAGUUCCGGAACUGCAUGCUCACUACCCUCUGCUGUGGCAAGAAUCCCCUGGGUGAUGAUGAGGCGUCUGCCACUGCCUCCAAGACGGAGACCAGCCAGGUGGCCCCAGCUUAAGCCUGGCCAGAGACUGUGGCUGACUGUAGGAGUCUCCUGUCCCAACCCACCCCAGCCACAGGCCCCACCAGGAGCAGCACCCGUUGGAAUGAGGUCAUGCGGACUCCCUCAGUGUUUUUUUUUUUUCAUUGUUUCUAAUCGAUUUAUAAAAGAAAACUGAGGCUUCCCACUCAACAGGAACAGCCCAAGAAAGGACAUCCAUCCACUAAGACCCCCAACCUGGAGUCCCCAAUUCCCAGGGGCCAGUGGGAUCUGUAACCCUUCCCCCUAGCUUGUCUCUCAAAAACAUGGCAAGUGUCCCAGCUUAGGGCUAAGUGUCUAGGACAGAAUGGAGCACACAGUAGCUGAUUAAUAAAUGGUAGCUGGAUGAAGGGAGGAAUGAGUCACUGAAUGAGUGGAAAUGUGUGUGAGAGGAUUGAUGGAGGGGAACAUGUAUGUCCUCAGGUGCCCAACCUGGCAGAUCCAGUCAUGUUUGGCUGGAAUCUAUAGGCAAUUGUUCUUACACCCCUACCCUGGUUUUCUCCCCCAAUUCCCAUAUGGAAAUCCCAAAUCCCAGGCCCUGAUAGCAUUUGGCUGCUUCAAAGACAGAGAGAUGGAGACGGGGAGAGGGAAGGAAGGAGGGAGAGAGAGAAAGGGAGAGAAUGUGUGUGUGUGUGUGUGUG